CACUGAUAGGCAGCACUGAUAGGCAGCACUGAUAGGCAUUGAUAGGUGGCACUGACUGGCACUGAUGGGUGACCUUGAAAGGCAGCUCAGAUGGGCACUGAUAUGUGGCAUUGAUGUGCACUGGUAUGCACUAUGUGGCAUUGAUGGGCACUGGCAUGUGGCACUGAUGAACACUGACUGCUGGCACUGAUGGACACUGACAGGUGGCACUUCUGGGGCCACAGUGAUCAUCACUGUCAGCGUGACAGCUCGAGAGGAGAGAAAUGCCGAUAACCGGCAUUUCCGUGUUUACAUGUGAUCAGCUGUGAUUGG